AGAAUAGGCUUUUUUUGGAGGUUUAUUGUAACUAAUUUAUUGUUUUUCUUAUUUCAGUUUCUUUGUUGAUUUUGUUUUUUAUUCGAUUUGUUUCCUAAUUAAUUUGAUGAAGUUUCAAUUUGUUUGAUUGGUACGUUGAAAAUUUAGGGUGUUUAAUGUCGGGAAAACCAUUAAUGGAGAAGAAUAAUAAUCCUAACAAGGGUUUUUAUACUGCGAGGGAAAUGUUGGCUCACAUUCACAAGCAGAAGAAAAAUCCUGGUGGUUGGACUAAUCAUCCAAUUUAUAAUAAGAAAUCGAACAACAAUUAUAGUAAUAACAAUAAAAGGAAUCGAGCUGAUGAAUCAGAUGAAGAUAUUGAUAUUGUUGUUGUUCCUCGUGUUGUUAAACCUGAUACUAAUCAUCAAUUGGAAUCUAAACCAGAGAUUGAAACUCAAAUAGUCAAAAAACCUGCAGUUGUGAAACCCUUUGUUCAACCAUGUAAAAAGGCUUUAGGAUCAAAUUCUUCAAAGAUUAUCAGCUCUCAAAAGCCAACUAACGCAUGUGAUGAUGAAGGUGAAGGUAAAGUGUCCAAUGAGGUAAUAGAGAUACUUCAACAUCAGAAGGCGAAAAAUUUGGAUGCCAAGAUUGUCGACAGAAUUUUGAAUGAAAUUAUUGAGAAAACCGAUGGACAAGGUGUUGAUUGGAAAGAUAUUGCUGGACUUAAAACUGCCAAGGAGAGUAUCCGAGAGAUUGUAAUUUUACCAUUGUUAAAACCUCAACUUUUCGUUGGACUUAGAGCUCCUUCAAAAGGUAUUUUAUUAUUUGGACCUCCAGGUACUGGAAAAACUCUGAUUGGUAAAUGUAUUGCCAGUCAAUCUCGAUCAACUUUUUUCUCCAUCUCUGCUUCAUCUUUAACUUCCAAAUGGAUUGGAGAAGGUGAAAAAAUGGUUCGAGCUUUAUUUGCCAUUGCGAGGAUUAAAGCUCCAUCUGUAAUAUUUAUCGAUGAAAUAGAUUCACUUUUAACUCAGCGAAAUGACUCUGAACAUGAAUCUUCUCGUAGAUUGAAAACCGAGUUUCUUGUUCAAUUUGAUGGCCUUACCACUGACCAUGAGGAAAGUCUACUUGUUGUCGGUGCCACUAAUCGACCUCAUGAAUUAGAUGAAGCUGCAAGGCGGCGAUUCAACAGUAGACUUUACAUUCCCCUUCCCAAUAAACAAGCUCGUAGAGAUCUAAUCAAACGAUUAAUAUCUUCGGAAAAACAUACAUUAGAUGAAAAAGAUUUUAAUGAACUUUGUCAACAGACUAAAGGUUAUUCCGGUGCAGAUAUUUGCUGCUUAUGUCGAGAAGCGGCUUAUGGUCCAAUUAGACGAGUGAUGCCAGAUUUGGACAAAUAUGACACGAAAGAAUCACUACCUCCCAUCACAUAUGUAGAUUUCACCGCCGCUUUGGAUACAGUUAAAGCAACCGUAGCUCCAUCCGAUUUACACAAUUACAUCCAAUGGAAUAAACAAUUUGGACGUAAAAAAGAUUAUAGUGAUGAAGAUGAUGAAGACUGAAAAUCGACAAACAACAACAUAAACAUAAACAUCAUCUUACCAAGAAAAUGAAGCAAAAGUUGAUCCAAAUUCUUAUCAAUUUUAUUUUUCAAUCAGUUUAAAUCAUUUGUAUAUUCCCAUGGCAAAAAAUAAGCAAAUUAUUGUAUACACAAUUUAUAUUUUUCUCGAAUACAUUUAACAAUAAAACAAAAUCAGAUGCAGUAACAAAUCAAAUACUCAACUGCAAUCAAAACAAACCAAACUAAAAGUCAACAUUGAA